AUGUCAGAGUAUACAAGGAAGAGAGCUACUUUGCUAGUAAAGCCACAAUGGGAUGACGUUAUCAAACAUGAAUCCAAAGGAUCAUUUUCCCUGGUUGAACAUAGCACAGCUAAUAACAACAAUAAUGCCGUAAGUGAUACUGUUUUAACUCUAUCUUUGCAAUAUGACUCUGAAGGGAGACCGAUGUACGAGCAGGUGAUAACUCAGAAUGUGAGAAAGGGGAAGAUCACAUACACAAAACCUUCAGACCAGAAGGAAAAGAGUUUCACGAGCGACCAACUGAUGAGACCAUCAGAUGAAACAGUAAAGGAGAAUUUGGAAAAGACGAAGGAAGCAUUGCAAAUAGCACUUAGUUCGAAAAACUCAAAAAUAGUUACAAAAAGUGAAUCUGAAGUCUUUAGAUAUACACCAAAUCAAAAAAGCGAUGUCGGACAAAGGUUAAUUAAAAUGACCACUAAGGUUAUUGAUCCACUUGAACCCUCUAAUAUUCGCCACAAGAAAAUGCCAGCCAACCCACCUAGUCCACCACCACCAGUACUCCAUUCUCCACCAAGAAAACUAACCAAGGAGGACCAGAUGAACUGGAAGAUCCCACCCUGUGUAAGUAACUGGAAGAACCAGAAGGGAUACACACUGCCAAUAGAUAAAAGAGUGCAGGCAGAUGGAAGAAGACUUAGAGAAGUCGUGAUAAAUGACAAGUUCGCAUCACUUUCAGAGUCACUUUUCAUAGCUGAAAGAACAGCAAGAGAAGAAGUUAGGAUGAGGAACGAGAUCAUAAGAGAGGAGAAGUUAAAGGAGGCCAAGAAACGUGAGGAGGAGCUGCGUGAACUUGCAGCUAAAGCUCGUGAAGAGCGACAUCAACUGUACUCAAAAUCACACUCUAAAGAUGAGUCCAGAGACCGAGACCAUAGAAGGAGACAUAAAGAUAGAGAUAGCGACGAAGAAAGGGAAGAAUUGUUGAGAAUUGAAGCUGAAAGGAGGAGAGAACUCGAGCGUGAAUGGCGAAUUGAAAAGAAUAUAAAGAAAAGGAGAACUGGGGAGAGGGAUAUCAGUGAAAAGAUUGCGCUUGGUCAGGCCAAACCCACCAAGAUCACAGAUUUAUAUGAUAGUCGACUUUUACAAGGAGAUGCUGGAAUCUCAUCUGUAAGUUCAUACAUUUACCUCAUUUUUGGAUUUGAUGGAGGAGAUGACGAAGUCUACAACGUCUAUGAUAAGCCUUUGUUCGCCGACAGGAGCACUGCUAACAUUUACCAGCACUCGAAGGAGCGGUUCCAAAAAUCCACUGGUGAUAUGAACUUGGCAAGUUUUGCAAACGCUGAUCGUGGAGUUCAGAGGAACACACCGGUUGAGUUUGUCAAGGACUCGGACCCCUUUGGCUUUGAAAAGCUGCUUGAGAAGGUCAAGAAAACCUAA